AUGCUGAUGCUUAUUUCUUCUUCCCCGCGGUGGUGGGGGUGCCUUGGGAUCGCAGAGUCGGCGAAGAAGCUGGCCAAGGCCGGGAAGGGCGUGGACGAGGCGGUGGCGGCCGUCGGCGACCCGGAGAGCAAGCGCCACGGGCCGCUCCACCUGGGCGCGGCGGCGGGGAAGGUGGAGAUGUGCAAGCUGCUGAUCGAGGAUUUCCAAGCCAACGUCGACGCCACCGACGUCCAAGGUGCGACGCCCCUAGUUUUUGCAGUACAGGGUACUGGAUCUACAGCUGUUGUGAGCCUUCUUCUCAGUCAUGGAGCUGAUGCAAACAAAGCGGACAAUGGUGGAAUUUCUCCGCUCCAUAUUGCAGCAGAACGAGGAUUUUAUGAAGUGGCAGAGUUGUUAAUGUCCAAAGGAGCUGAUGUUGAUCCCAUCUGUGAGAAUGGUGGAGCGCCAAGUGAAAGACUUUCCACUUCAUUCAAUACACCACUGGUGGCGUCACUCUUUGGCUCUUCAGUGGAGUGCUUGGAAGUACUUAUUGAGGCUGGUGUUGAUGUCAAUGCUGGUAGUCCUGCAACUCCGCUAACAUUAGCUGCUGGUAAAGGCUUAACUGAGUUCAUCAGUUGUCUGCUGGAAGCUGGUGCUGAAGCAAAUAUUCCUGAUGAAGUGAGUUUUAUCCUGAUAUUUAGCCUAUUAGUUGUUGCUGUUGUUUGA